CAGAAGCGCGCGAGUCAAGAACGCCGAGCGGAGCAACCUGACCAGGAGACCUGAGAUCAACUAAAAAAGAUGGCCUGGAAGACUUUCACGCUUUUACCCCUGAUAUGGGCAGCUGCUCUGGCCAAUCCCUUGAGUACUACAACGGAGCCAGCUACUCAACCAGCUUUGAAUAACGAGCAGAUUCAAGAUAUCAAGGAGGAACACUUUCCGGCAAUGGCUCCGCCUCAGGCUAUCGAGGCCAGCGGUUCCAAUGGCCAACCAAUAUUACUGCAACCUCCACCGAUUCCUCCAAACGGAGAUGAGGAUGCGCUGAGACGCCGAACUAUCACAUAUGAUCAACGCCAGGAGGGACAGUACAACAUUCGCGCUGAUCUUGAGAACUUUAUGAUCUUACUGAUCCCACCAGGACCACAGGAGGGCCUUAACCUUCUGGGACUGCUAGGUCGCGGGAACACUAAGGGCAGUGGAUCGCUCAAGCGCAAACAUCCCCUAAGGAGCAACUCCCUAAAGUCCUUCUACCAAAAGAGCCAGCUCCAAAAGCUGCAAGAGCAACAGAAUCAUCAACAAUCCUUACCAGCGGCAGCUCUACCAGGAUUUAUUGAGGGUCGCUCGCCGUAUCACGUUGAUAUCUCAGCCAGCGAUUCCGAGCCGGCACAACGUCUGCAGCGUCAGCAAGUAGACGUAUUACCUCCCCAAUUGAUUCCCAUGCCGCAGUUGAUAAAACCUUUUCAUUUGGAAGCGGAACCAGAGCUAAUUCAGGCCUUGCCACCCGUAUCAGCCAGCAGCAGUGCAGGCUCUAAUCUUCUGGAGAGUUACAAUCAUCGUGGAACACAAUAUUUCCGUAAUUCCCGCUCUCUAAGAGGUGAUACCUAUCUGGAUACCAAUCGUCUGACAGGUGGUGACUUUCCCAGCCCGAGAUCCAUAAGUGCUCCAAUAUACCGCAGCGAUCUUGGAAGCGCUAGUGGUAUUUACCCACCAAUAGAUGUUCCAUCCUACUUUUCGGAUCAUUCUCGCUCCUGGCAGCUGGACGAGGAGCCCACCAGGGCACAAGCCAUGGAACCGGAGAUAGUUAGCUUUGACCUGUUGGCCGAUGACGAUCUGGCCGAAUCCCGAACCCUUCUCCGAGACGGAUUGGCUCGCUGUGCCCGUGGAGAGCGGCGGGAUAGCUAUGGAGCCUGUCGCCAGAUCGAGGGCUACUAGGAGGAGGAGUGAGAACCGCCAGACUGCCAGCCUAAAUGUUAGUUUCAUACUUUGAAAAAUCUAGAAUUAAGCCGACGAAAUCGUCUUACCAAUAAAUACAAAAACAUAUUCGCCAA